UAGGUGUGGCAUGGACAAGAGGUAGCAGACCUUUUUCCCUCCUUAGUGCUUGUUCUGCUAGGUAGGCGGUUCCCUUGGGCCAGCCGAAUAAUCAGUAACUGUCUGCAUGGGUACACUGCAGGCUGGUAGGAGUGGAUAGUUGCCAGUUUGCUUGGAGCAGAGUUGGUGCUGGCCAAGCUUCUUUAUAAAUGAGCCCCAAUGCUACCCAAAGGGAUGACCUGCAGGGGUAAAAGGGUAGUUUGCUCACAUACCUAUCUGAACCUGAACUUCUUGGCCAAGGCUGUCUGCAUGGAUGUCAAUCACGAGUGAUGUGUACACCUGGGCAUUGGAUUCAAGACUGAGGUAAAAGCAUCUUGACAACCAAUCAAGAAAGUGGAUUAUUUUUUAAACUAUGUGUGUGCGUCUGUAGAAAUGAUUUGUGGUUCAGUCCAGCUGGAGCUGACUGAAUGAAGCUAUGGGCUGUGCAUCAGCCAAGCAUGUUUCUACUGUUCAAAAUGAAGAGGAAGCUCAGAAGGGGAAGAACUACCAGAAUGGAGAUGUGUUCGGUGAUGAGUACAGGAUCAAACCAGUGGAAGAAGUCAAAUACAUGAAAAAUGGAGAAGAUGAUCAGAAAAUAGCAGCCAGGAAUCAAGAAAACUUGGAAAAAAGUGCCAGUUCAAAUGUAAGACUUAAGUCUAAUAAAGAGAUUCCAGGAUUAGUUCAUCAACCCCGAGCAAAAAGAUCUGCAGCUUCCCUGUUGAGCCAAGAUGGCCUCCCUGCCCCUGUGCCACCUUUUUUGCAUACAGCAUGCACAUCUCUGAAAGCCAACAGGAGUUCUUCAGAAUGCUGGAUGAGAAAAUUGAAAAGAACUCUUUGCAGACCUCUUAAUUAAGCCUCACAACAUCCCUGUGAAGUAACUGAGUAUUAUUACAUCCAUACCACAGAUGGAAACUGAAGUUUGUACAAAUUAAAUGACUGUAAAGUUCAUAGUGCAGGUUUAGAUGCAAAUUCAGAAGCAAUGGCAGAUUCAGAAGCAAAACCCAGAAGUCCUGUUUCUCAGUUCCUGCUUAUAUACACAAGUUGAUGUUUUCUUAAGCACUUAAGUUUCACAGUUUGGAAUAAGGUACACAAUAUAAUGGCAUCUUUCUACUUUCAAAAUCUAGCUGAGAUGGAAUAGAUUAUGCUUACAAAUUUAUGGAGACAAGAGGAUAAUAAAACAGCUCUACAAAUAUAAAUUCCAUUGACCUGUUGCUCUGUUGUUCCCCAUUUCUAAAAACAAAUUUAUUUGGCUGAUUGCAAAUUUUUACAGUUUCUGCCAGUGAUUAUGGCCCUUCUGAAAUCUGGCUAAAUGCCACACUGAACAGAUCACAGGUUUAUACAAGCCAGCAAAUUAAUCUCUGUGGGGAAGGGGGAGGGAGGCUUUUAUUUUGGUGAAGGAAAAACAUGCGGGGGGAACUGAAAUAUUUCAUUUUGUGCAAAUAGGCAUUACUGUAUAGUCAAAGACCUUUUAAAAAAAACCACUCAGAGCUGAGUGUUUUAAUUUCAAAGGAUGAAAAAAGGUCUAGCCUUAAUAUAAGCAGUUUAAAAAGCACCAUGUACUUUCCUAUACCCAAAUAAUUCCAUGGUGACAUUUCUAACGCUGUGUGGCUGCAUCUACGUAAGACACUAGCUGUGCAGUCAUUACUGUGCAUUCAUUUAGUACUGGUAUAGACAAAUCCUAAAUGACUUUGCAGUAACCCAAGUUACUGCGUAGUAGUGCUGAUGAAUGUGUUUUUUGUGAUGCUACCGAACAGUAGCCUAAUACUACUGGACAGUAGUGUAGUGUCACGGUUGUUGCCACAUAAUGCUAUUGUGCAGUAGUAUCAGGCUACUGUGCAGUCAGGGUCUCAUGUAGACAUGACCUGUUUCUUCUUUAGCUGGAGGAUUAUGUCCCUAAACCUAGCCUCAGAUUUUAGCUGUUUAAUGUUUUGGUUUGGGGUGCUGGCAGAGGAAGAGUUGCUGGUUACCCCCUUCUCUCCUUUCUGCUACAUUUGUCAGGUUGUUUUUAAGCCUUCCUCAGAAGCACUGGGUGUUGGCUGCAGCCAAGGUGUGGGAUUUUGACUGGCAUAGGCGGCGCGUGCCUCCUGAGGCUGGAGGGGGCACGGCAACCUCCUGCAGGCAGCAAUGCAAGCGUUGACAGUGAGGGCGGGCUGAGUGGGGACCAGUCCACAGGCAGCAGCAGGGGCGGGGGGGGAAUCCCCCCGCAGCCAGGCACCACCCCCAGAAGUGCACACCUGGAAGUGCCAGCAGCACUUCUUGGUGGGGGGGAGGCACCAGUGCUCCGCCUGCCCCCCCUGCCCUAAGCCGAGAGCGCUCGCUCUCAGGGGGUGCACGUGCACCCCCAUGCACCCCCUACACGUUGCCUAUGUGGACGGGGGGGUGUCAGAGCUCCUGCUGGGACUUAAAACCAGAGGCUCUUGGCUAGAGGUGCUUGCUCCUCUGCUCGGGGUUAGUCCAAUUGCUAUAUUCAGGUCAGAAAGAAAUUUUACCCCAUGGUCAGAUUGGUAUGGACUGUGGGGGUUUUUGCCUUCCUGUGUAGUGGGGGGGGUAGGGCCCUCUGCUGAGAUAUCUUGAAUAUAUAUUAACAACCUUUUUUAAGCAGGACAUUGGCUGCUAUGGUUCCCCUGCUUUAACUGCGGCAGGUUAGGGUGUUGGGUCUUGUGGGAGAGUUGAUGAAGAGUUUAGAUUAUGGAUAGGGAUGGUCCUGCCUCAGGAUGGGGGUUGGACUAGAUAACCGCUGGAGGGUUCCUUCAAGCCUUAUUUCUGUAUGAAAACUGUGAGAACUAGAUAACACCAGAGGGGCAGCAUCUGUGACUGGACUCUAUUUGCUGGAAAAGUUCUCCAAUUAAAGGAGUACUGUAAAUCCAUUGUAACCAUAUUUCCAUGUCAGCACUUCACCAGUUCCUGCAUAUUUACUUAAACCAGGAAUGAGGUUUUAUCUUAAUUUGUGACACCCCAACAUGAAUUUAAACUUAGACUUCCCUGUUCAUCAAAAUCGUAGUUGUCUUUCCUCCUGAUAAGCAUAACCCAAUUAAUAUUUAGGCACUUAUUUUUGUAUUUUAUUAUUCUUUGUAAUAAUAAAAUGUUAAUUAAACCAGACAUGCUGUAAUAAAGACAAUUUUAAAAGGUAUCUCUUUCCUAGAAAGCGGUCUCAUAAUGAAUUUGUU